CUCUUUCCUUCUCCUCUUCCUCUGUAGUUACUGCAACAACUCUAACACACAAUGAGAACGAUUGCACGAGCUCAUUGAUCUUCUUCUUCUUCUUCUUCUUCUUCUUCUUCUUCUUCUCUUCACACUGAUCUUCUUCUUCUUCUCUCGCUCCCUUGCAUUGAUGGUGAUGGAAGCAGGGGAAGAUUGUUGCGUGAAGGUUGCAGUCCACGUUCGACCGCUCAUAAGCGAAGAGAAGCUUCAAGGUUGCAAAGACUGCGUAACCGUUGUUCCAGGGAAGCCUCAGGUACAAAUUGGUACUCAUUCCUUUACAUUUGAUCAUGUUUAUGGGAGUACUGGUUCUCCCCCGUCUGCCAUGUUUGAUGAAUGUGUUGCUUCUCUUGUUGAUGGCUUGUUCCAAGGAUAUAAUGCUACUGUUCUUGCAUAUGGUCAGACUGGUUCUGGAAAAACAUACACCAUGGGCACUGGAUUUAAAGAUGGUUGCCAGACAGGAAUAAUACCUCAAGUUAUGAGUGUCUUGUUUAGCCAAAUUGAGACCUUAAAGCAUCAGAUUGAGUUUCAGCUGCAUGUUUCCUUUAUUGAGAUUCUUAAAGAAGAAGUAAGAGACUUGCUGGAUCCAUCCUCAAUGAACAAACAAGAUACUGCAAAUGGAAAUGGACAUGCAGGAAAAGUGACUAUUCCUGGGAAACCGCCAAUACAAAUUCGUGAGACGUCAAAUGGUGUAAUCACCUUAGCAGGAUCUACUGAAGUCAGCGUUACAUCACUAAAAGAAAUGGCUGCUUGCCUAGUACAAGGAUCAUUGAAUAGAGCAACUGGGAGCACAAAUAUGAACAACCAAUCCAGUCGCUCACAUGCCAUCUUCACCAUCACAUUAGAGCAAAUGCGGAAGCUCAGUAGUCCUACCGAGAUCAGUUCAAAUGAUACCAUGAAUGAAGAGUAUCUUUGUGCCAAGUUGCACUUAGUAGAUCUUGCUGGAUCAGAACGAGCUAAAAGAACAGGUUCUGAUGGUCUGCGUUUUAAGGAAGGAGUUCACAUUAACAAAGGCCUUCUAGCACUCGGUAAUGUAAUCAGUGCGCUUGGUGAUGAAAAGAAGAGAAAGGAAGGCGCUCAUGUUCCUUAUAGGGAUAGUAAACUCACUAGGCUUUUACAGGAUUCUCUUGGUGGUAACAGCCGUACUGUUAUGAUAGCCUGCAUAAGUCCUGCUGAUAUUAAUGCCGAAGAAACCCUUAACACUUUGAAGUAUGCAAAUCGUGCACGCAAUAUCCAAAAUAAGCCUGUUGUCAAUAGAGAUCCCAUGUCCAAUGAGAUGCUAAAAAUGCGACAACAACUAGAGUGUUUGCAAGCAGAACUUUGUGCUCGUUCUGGUGGCUCUUCUGGGGAAGUUCAGGUCCUCAAGGAAAGGAUUGCUCGGCUCGAAGCAGCCAAUGAGGGUCUUUGCCGUGAACUUCAUGAAUACCGUAGCAGAUGCUCUGUGGUAGUACCAAGCGAAAAGGAUGAUUAUGAUGAUAGCACAUGCAAAGUAAAGACUGAUGGGCUUAAAAGGGGCUUGCCUAUCACAACCUCUGAUUAUCCAAUGAGUGAAACAACAGGGGGUUCAAGGGAAAUUGAAGAAGUAGCAAAAGAGUGGGAGCAUGCACUUCUGCAAAAUAGCAUGGAUAGAGAGUUACAUGAACUGAAUAAACGAUUGGAGGAGAAGGAGUCUGAGAUGAAGCUUUUUGGAGUGCCUGAUGCUGAAGCACUCAAGCAGCACUUUGGAAGGAAGAUAGUAGAACUUGAGGAUGAGAAGAGAGCUGUCCAGCAAGAGAGGGACCAUCUUUUGGCUGAAGUUAAUGGACAAACACAGAAAUCAGAGGAUAUCCAUGCCCAAAAAUUAAAAGCACUUGAAGCCCAGAUUCUGGAUCUGAAGAAGAAACAGGAGAGCCAGGUCCAGCUUCUGAAGCAAAAGCAAAAAAGUGAUGAAGCAGCCAAGCGUCUGCAAGAUGAAAUACAAUCUAUAAAAGCUCAAAAGGUUCAAUUACAACAAAGGAUAAAACAAGAGGCAGAACAGUUUCGGCAGUGGAAGGCUUCUAGAGAGAAAGAGCUGCUGCAAUUAAGGAAAGAAGGAAGAAGAAACGAGUUCGAGAGGCAUAAGCUGCAAGCUCUGAAUCAGCGCCAGAAAAUGGUCCUUCAGAGAAAGACAGAAGAAGCUGCAAUGGCCACCAAGAGGUUAAAGGAGUUGUUAGAAGCUCGUAAAUCUUCCAGAGACACUUCAGUUACAAUGAACGGAAAUGGAACAAAUGGACAGAGAAAUGAUAAGUCCUUACAACGGUGGCUUGAUCACGAGCUAGAAGUCAUGGUAAAGGAGCAUGAAGUUCGUUUUGAGUAUGAGAAGCAGAGCCAAGUACGGGCUGCUCUUGCAGAAGAGUUAGCCAUGCUGAAACAAGUAAAUGAGUUUGCUGCCAAGGGUUUCAGUCCACCAAGAGGAAAGAAUGGAUUUGCAAGAGCAUCCUCUAUGUCGGUAAAUGCAAGAAUGGCUAGAAUAGCUUCACUUGAGAACAUGAUGAGCAUAUCAUCUAAUUCACUAGUGGCAAUGGCUUCUCAACUUUCUGAGGCAGAAGAAAGAGAACGGGCCUUCACUAAUCGUGGCCACUGGAACCAGUUGCGCUCAAUGGGGGAAGCCAAGAAUUUGCUUCAAUAUAUGUUUAAUUCUCUUGCAGACAACAGGUGCCAAGCGUGGGAGAAGGACAUGGAGAUCAGAGAGAUGAAAGAUCAAAUCAAAGAACUCGUAGGUCUGUUACGGCAAAGUGAGAUUAAGAGAAAGGAAGUUGAGAAGGAACUAAAAGUGAGAGAGCAAGCUGUUGCAACCACAUUGGCUACACCAAUUUCUGGAAACUCUCCAAAUUUAUUGAAACAACAUGUUGAAGACAUUCAGGAACAUUUAUCUCCAGAUUCUGUGCCAGUGCAGAAACAGCGCAAAUAUACACCAGGCAUUGCUAAUGGCCAACUGAGGGAAUCUGCUGCAUAUAUAGAUCAGAGUAGAAUGAUGGUACCCAUUGGGCAACUCUCAAUGAAAAAACUAGCAGUUGCAGGACAAGCUUCUGGCAAGCUAUGGAGGUGGAAAAGAAGCCAUCAUCAAUGGCUGUUACAAUUCAAAUGGAAGUGGCAGAAGCCCUGGAGACUUUCUGAACGGAUCCGACACAGUGAUGAGACGAUCAUGAGAGCAAGGCCACGUUCACAGGCUUUGCCGCAUGUCGUGUGAAUCUGAUCCUUAUUGUGAUCAGCCAUUUGCUGUGGCUCCCUUUUCAUUAUUUAACCUGCAAUGAUCCUAGACACAAGGCAUUGGAAAGAACCGGAAACUAGGUGCAGCCGUACAGCUGCAGUUUGAUGUAAAUGGUUGCUAACAAUACAUACAUCCCCAUCAGUCUCGGUUUAUAAUGUCCAAAUAUUGGAAGCGUUUCUGUAGUUACUGCAUAUGGAGCAUCUUGUGAGGUGUGUUAAAAUGUAGCCGAAAGCUACGCAAAAAAUUAAAGCAUAGGAGAUAGUUGCUUGCUUGAAGGCAUUGGUAAAGAUCUUUCCAGACAAAUUAUCUUGGAAGAUUAACUGUCAUACAUAAUACACUGGAAGGGAAGAAAAAAGAGGAAAUACUCUUUUGUCAAGUCUUUGUAUUGAGGGUUUUCUAUUUUUUGGUUUACAGAAAUGGUGACAUCUCUAGGAAGGAGAUGACACCUCUAAUCUUAUUAGUGGGUAGGGCCUGUAUUGAGGGUUUUAAAUUCCUUAGUGCAAGUUUUUAUGAUCUUACUGUGUUUGAGUCAAUCAUUAAUUUUUGUUGAUAUGAACAUUGUACCAUUCAUCUGUCACAUAGCAACAAAAGGAAAUUCUCUAUUUUUUAUUCUUAGGGCUUGUGUGUGAAGAACAUUACUUACUAUAUUGACAGAGGUUGUAAUCUACCAUACAGAUUUUGUAGCAAGAGGGUGAUGAUAAACAA